GCCUCGACCAAACGGUUCGGCCUCGAUUGCCGUACAGAGACAGUCGUCCCUCUCUCCUCGGCCUCCCACAGUCCCUCCUUCGCUCCUCUCUCCCACGUUCUUCAUUCUCUCUCUCAAGCCCAGACCCUCUCGGCGGCUAAGUCUCUCCCUCAUUCUUCUUCUUCUUCUCUCUCUCUCUCUCUCUAGCGCUUGGGCCCUCCCUCAUCAAUCUUCUUCUUUCCCCUUUUUCUUUCUCUUAAUCUCAGUUUUCUGCUCUUUCCUUUCACCAUCUGUGUUCUUCAACCCCCUUCUGUUGUUUUUUCCCUUUCUUUAAUCUGUAUUUAGCCAUUUCAGUUCUAAACUCAAGUUGGGUCUGUUUGUUUUGUGAGUUGUUUCUUUUUCUUUUAUUUUCUUUUCCCAUCUCUAUUACCUGUAAUCUAUCACUCAAUCUCUUCCCUUGCCUAAUCAACCAAUCGUCACUACAAGGUUUCUCUUGCUAUCUCUCCCCAGUCUAUUUGGUGAUAGUUCACAUUUUAAAAAAGGGAGAUGGUUUGGUGCUCUAACUGCGGGCAAGAUUGUCCCGAAGGACGUGAUUAUGUUACUGGCGUGGUAUCUUGUGCUGUAUGUGGAAGAGUUAUCUAUCAAGACAUCUUCGCUGAAGAGCCUACUUUUGUCAAAGGCGCUGGAGGGGAGAGCCGUUUAGCGGGUAGUUUUGUCAAGAGUAUUCAAUCUGAUUAUUCAGAGUCAUAUAGAAGAACCCUAGACAAAGGGUCGUAUAAAAUCCGUGAUUUGGCAGUAAUGUUAGAUAUUGAUGACACUAGUACAAAAACCCAAGCUAUGGCAUUUUAUCAGAUAGCUGUUGAGCGUAGUUUUACUAAGGGGCGGAGAACUGACCAAGUUGCAGCAGCUUGCCUUUAUAUUGCAUGCCGGGACAAUCGGAAACCAUAUCUACUUAUUGAUUUUUCCAUUUGUUUGAGUAUAAAUGUGUAUGUUCUUGGUGCCGUCUUUCUACAGCUUUGCAAACUGUUAAGUCUUCAAGAGCAUCCUAUAGUUCAAAAACCAGUUGAUCCUAGCCUUUUUAUUGAUCGAUUUACAAGUAAAUUAGUGGGAGGAAAUAAUAUGAAGGUCAGUAGAACUGCAUUAAACAUAAUAGCCAGCAUGAAGCGAGACUGGAUGCAGACGGGCAGAAAACCUAGUGGGCUAUGUGGUGCAGCAGUCUAUAUCUCCGCUCUUUCACAUGGGCUCAAAUGUUCAAAGUUGGACAUUGUGAAAGUUGUUCAUGUAUGUGAAGCAACAUUGACAAAACGAUUGAUUGAAUUUGAGAAUACAAAUUCUGGGAGCUUAACAAUUGAAGAGCUCAAUAAGAAAGCUCAGGAGCUUGACAAGGAGGAUCAUUUGUGCAAACUGUCAGAAGCUAAUUCCCAAAAUUCUAAGACAAUGGAAGUGCUAUGCAAACACAAGGACAGAAAGCCUCAUUUUGCUGGACUGUGUGAAAGUUGUUGUAAAGAAUUCAUCGAACUUUCUGGGGGACUCCAUGGAGGAGCAGAACCUCCUGCGUUCCAGCUUGCUGAAAGGGUGAGAUUAGCUGAAGCAUCUUCUGAGAAGGUUAAGGAUCCAGGUUUCAUCUUAAAGCCCCACCAAAGCAAAAGCAGUCAUGACGAUAAUGAUGAAAUGGAAGUGGAACAUUUCACUGAAGCCAACCAAAAUGUAAUUGAAGCUGAGACAGCAGACUUCACAGAGCCUGCUAGUGCUUCUGCAUCUGUUGGAGAUCAGGCCACAACUAAUGAUGCCUCUGACAUGUUCCAAAAAUCUAAUGACAUGAAUAAUAAUGCUGAUGAGCCAGAAAGCCUUUCUGAUAUUGAUGAUGUUGAGGUAAAUGGCUACCUUAACAAUGAAGAGGAGAGUUACUAUAAGAAGAUCAUAUGGGAAGAAAUGAACAAAGAAUAUCUCCAGGAACAAGCAGCAAAGGAAGCAGCUAUUGCCGCUUUAAAGGAAGUUACUGGGGGUUCAGAUGAUAUGCGCACUGCACAAGAACUUGCUGCAGCAGCUAGAGCUGCUGUAGCCAAAUCAAGGGAGGAACGACGACAAAAACGAGCUUUGGAAGCUAAAAAUGCCAAUCCUGCUCAAACCGCUGCAGAAGCAACACGCCAAAUGCUAACAAAGAAGAGAUUGAGUACGAAGAUCAACUAUGAUGCACUAGAGAAACUCUUUGAUGAGCAGCCUGCUCCUGAUGCCAAAAAAGCCCGUGCUGAAUCUCAACAUGAAGCGGAUACUACAAACAACGAUGAGCAAGUGCAAGAGAACGUAGAUAUGGAAGGGACGGUUGGCAACAAAUCAUAUAUGGACGGAUGGUAUAGAAAUGAGGAGGAAGUGUCUGAUUAUGGUUAUUAUGAUAAUGAUGGGGACGAUGAGUAUUGACGUUAUUUUCAGCCGAUGGAUUCUGGAUUUCAAGUGGGAUAUCGAGGUGAAUUGACGUUCUUCAAUAUACAAGCUAUUCAUCAAAUUAGAUGAAUAUGUUUCAAAUUUGUAGUAGGUAGAAGUUGAUAUGCAUUAUUGAUAGGAUACUCUGUUUAUUAAAAUUGUAAAUGACUAGCAGUUGAAAUGCAGAAGUUACAAAAUUAUUUUCUUUUUGUACAAUGAGCUAGAAGUUAAUGGUGAGGGUAAUUGUGUCAAAAUGUAAUGUCGUACUUGUUUAAUAUAUAUAGUUACAGGAGCUAACCUUAAGGUUUAAGCUCUCAUUCUUCUAA